AUGAGCGUUCCCAUGUUAAAGAUCGGGGCGGUGCUCAGCACCAUGGCCAUGGUGACCAACUGGAUGUCUCAGACUCUACCGUCUCUGGUCGGACUCAACGGGACCGCCAUCUCCAGAGGGGGCACCUCAGAGAGGAUCGUUAGUGGGCUGUACCCGAGUCCGGAGGAAGGCUGGCAGAUCUACAGCUCGGCGCAAGGCGCAGAUGGAAAGUGUAUCUGCACGGUGGUGGCGCCGGCACAGAACAUGUGUAACCGCGACCCACGCAGCAGGCAGCUACGCCAGCUCAUGGAGAAGGUGACUAUAAAACACUUAAAUGUCCAGAAUAUAAGUCAGUCAAUGGAGGUGCUGGAUUUGCGGACAAACAGAGACCUCCAGUACGUGAGGGAGACUGAAGGCCUGAUGAAAGUAGUGGACGGGAGACUGAAAGUGGCCUCGGACAACCCCCGCAGUCUUAAUCCCAAAGGCUUUCAGGAUUUGAAAGACAAGAUGAGCGAGCUUCUCCGUCGCCUCCCUGUGCUGGAUCAAUACAAAUCAGACACCAAGAUGAUCCUGCUCCUCCGAGAGGAGGUGAGAAAUCUGUCCUUGGUUCUGAUGGCCAUCCAGGAGGAGAUGGGCGCCUAUGACUACGAGGAGCUGCGCCAGCGGGUGCUGCUGCUGGAGACGCGUCUUCACUCCUGCAUGCAGAAGCUGGGCUGCGGAAAGCUCACCGGAGUCAGUAAUCCCAUCACGGUCCGCGCGUCGGGGUCCAGGUUCGGCUCCUGGAUGACAGAUACGAUGAUCCCCAGCUCCGACAACCGAGUUUGGUCCAUGGACGGUUUUUUCAAGGGACGUCGCGUCCUGGAGUACCGCACCAUGAGUGACUUCAUGAAAGGUCAGAACUUCGUGCAGCACCUGCUCCCUCACCCUUGGGCCGGCACAGGCCACGUAGUCUACAACGGCUCGCUUUAUUACAACAAGUACCAGAGCAAUAUCAUCAUCAAGUACCACUUCCGGUCGCGGAGCGUCCUGGUGCAGCGUAGCCUGAGCGGCGCCGGCUACAACAACACCUUUCCCUACUCCUGGGGCGGUUCCUCCGACAUUGAUCUGAUGGCUGACGAGAACGGCCUGUGGGUGGUCUACACCACCAUCCCCAAAGCUGGGAAUAUCGUCAUCGGCCGCCUGGAGCCGCAGACUCUGGAAGUGCUGCAGACGUGGGACACCGGCUUCCCCAAGCGCAGCGCCGGUGAGUCCUUCAUGAUCUGCAGCACGCUCUACGUCACCAACUCUCACCUCGCCGGCGCCAAGAUCUACUUUGCCUACUACACCAACACGUCCAGCUACGAGUACACGGACAUCCCCUUCCACAAUCAAUACUCGCACAUCUCUAUGAUGGACUACAACCCCAGGGAGAGGGUCCUCUACACCUGGAACAAUGGGCAUCAGGUGCUCUACAACGUCACACUGUUCCAGGUCAUUAAGACUUCUGGGGAUUGA